UAAAUAUAAUGACACCAUUGUCCUAUCAUUUUUGUGUAAUUUCUCCAGUGACAAUCUUAUCAGAACUUCAUUCUGUGUACUGCACACUGGAGGGUCGAAUAUACUGAUAUCUUCAUGACAAUCCAAAGACCAACGUUGGCUAUCAUUAUCCUGGUGAUUUGCAUUCAUCUUGUCGAAUCACAAAACCUGGAUUGGUACAAAUGUCAUCCUGAAUGCGGGGCGAACGAGUGUUGUCUUCAUAUAUGGAAUGACUUUGGCAAACGAGGACUCUAUGACGUAUUAGGAUUACGUCAUCGAAGAGUGUCCAGCUACUGCGCCCCUCUGUUGGUAGAGAAUGACGUCUGCUACGUGCAGCACGCGUCCGAGCAGUGCCCGUGCGCCCACGGAUUGAUUUGUGUGCCGGACCCUGGAGAACUUCACAACUAUUUAGGACAUUGCAGGCCCGGCUAAUCACAUGACUCAUACACUGAUCUGUCGAAAAUCUCUUUAUGCAAAAAGAAUUGUAAUACUUUUAAAAGAGGCUGGAUGCUCAACAAAAUACCUUCUAGAUCUAUCAAUAUAUUGAUAAGUUAAGAAAAAUGGACAUUUAUAUAAUUAUGAAAGUUUGUAGUCCUGAUCAACCUACACAAUUUGCCAAAUAAUGAUAAAAUAAAUGACAAUAAUAAAAAAAAAAGAUCGUGACGUUUGUAGAUGAAUAUUAAAAGUCUCUUCAUAUAAGUCAUGAAAUUGCAAACUCUUUGCAUAAUAAAAAUGUUAUUCCUUCUCAAUAUUUUCCUUAUAUUAAAGUAUUUUGAAACUUUGA